AUGUGGUGCUUACUGAGAAGCUUUCAACUCCUCUUGUUUCUUUUGUUCCUCUUAAAUUUUCAAGCUAAUCUUUCAUCUUGUUCUUCUUCAACAACACAUUUGUGCUCUCCUGAAGAUGCUGCUGCGUUGCUCCAAUUCAAGAGCUCUUUUUCCAUCAGUGAAGUUUUAUCUUGGUCUUGCGAUGAUGCUGGCACUAAAUCUUCUCCCAAGACAAAUUCAUGGAAGGAGGGUUCAAAUUGCUGCUCAUGGGAUGGGAUCACUUGUGAUAACAUCAACGGUGAAGUGAUUGACCUUGACUUGAGUUGCAGUCAGCUAUAUCGCAGCAUCCCUUCCAAUAGUAGUCUCUUCAAUCUUUCGCACCUACAGAAACUCAACCUAGCCUUUAACUACUUUGACUCUUCCAAAGUGUCAUCUAAGUUUGGCGGGUUUGCAAGUCUAGUGUAUCUCAACCUCUCUGGAUCAUGUUUUGCAGGACAAGUCCCAUCCCAAGUCUCUCACUUGUCGAAAUUGAUUUCACUUGAUCUCUCUCAGAAUUAUGAUCUAACAUUUGACAAACAUACUUUGGGAAGACUUGUUGAGAACUUAACAGAGGUGAGACAACUUUUUCUUGAUGAUAUCAAUAUGUCUUCUAUUAAUCCUAAUGCCUUGAUGAAUCUAUCCUCAUCUUUAAUGACACUUAGUCUCCGGAGAUGUUAUUUGCGAGGAAAAUUCUCAAAAAACAUUUUAAGAUUCCCAAAAAACAUUUUUCUCCUGCCAAACCUCAAGUCAAUCUAUUUAAGAGGCAAUCAAAACCUUGCUCUCGAUUUUCCAAAGUUGAACAAGAGCAGCAAUCUCGAACUUUUAGAUUUAUCAAACACUUCUUUCUCUAGAGGAUUGCCUGACUCAAUUGGGAAUCUUGUUUCUUUGAAGCAUUUGCUUCUUGACCAUUCCAAGGUUCUAGGGUCAAUUCCAAGAUCAUUGGGGAACCUAGUUUUGUUGGAGUAUUUAGAUCUUCGAGGAUCCACCUUUUCAGGAUCAAUUCCAAGAUCAUUGGGAAACCUCUCGCAACUCAGUUAUUUAGACUUGGCAUUUAACAAUUUCAGAGGUCAAAUUCCAUCCUCACUUACAAAUCUAAAACAUCUUGAAAUUUUAGACAUUUCUUAUAAUCAACUAGAGGGUUCCAUUCCUGAUGAGGUAUCUGCCUUUCCUAAUCUAAUCUCUCUAGACUUAGGUUCUAAUUUACUCAAUGGAACACUUCCAUCAUGUUUGUAUACAAUUCCCACAUUGAAGGACAUAUUUCUCUAUGAAAACCAGCUUAGUGGCGAUAUCAGGGAAUUCCAAUACAAAUCACUAAAAGGGAUAAAUUUUGGGAAUAAUAAACUCACAGGUCCACUUCCAUCUUCAAUAUCCCAACUUGUGAACCUUACUAUUCUCGUUUUAUCAUCAAAUAAUCUAUCAUCAAAUAAUCUAAGUGGUAUUGUAGAGCUUGACAUGUUCUCAAAACUCCAAAACAUCCAAUCCCUUGAUCUUUCAUAUAAUAGUCUAUCCUUAAGCUCUAAUGGCACUGGUGCUAAUUAUACAUUGCCCAAUCUUCAAUAUUUACAAUUGUCUUCUUGCAAUGUCAAUGAAUUUCCCCAAUUUUUAAGAGGUUCAGAAGGUUUGAAAUAUUUAGACCUUUCCAACAAUAGAAUUUAUGGCAAGAUUCCUAAAUGGAUGUGUGAUUUGGGGGGUUACUAUUUGUGGUACUUGAACAUAUCUCGCAACUCUUUGACAGAUCUUAACCAAUUUCCAAUGGAAGGAAUUCUAGCCCUUGACUUAAGCUCCAAUUUGAUUCACGGAGAUCUUCCCAUUCCACGUUCUUCGAGUGCUAGUAUCUUUUUGAUCUCAAAUAAUAGUUUGAGUGGAGAGAUCUCUUCUCUGAUCUGCGAAGCAAGUUCUCUUGAAUACCUUGACUUGUCUCACAACAACUUGAGUGGAACUAUUCCAGAGUGUCUUGGGAAUUUCAGCAAAAGCCUUUCAAUGUUGAAACUACAGAUGAACCGAUUUCAUGGAAUUAUUCCUCCAACUUUCAUAAAGGGUUGUCAAUUGAAGAAUCUCAACUUAAAUGGCAAUCAAUUAGAAGGGGCAUUAACACAAUCCAUCUUUAAUUGUAGAGAUCUGGAAGUGCUAGAUCUUGGUAACAACAAGAUCAAUGAUACAUUUCCUCAUUGGUUGGGAAGUCUUCCACGGCUAAAAGUUCUUGUACUACAAUCGAAUCAAUUCCAUGGUUCCAUUCAUGGCACUAGAUCCAGUCGUUCUUUCUCUAAAAUCCAAAUUUUUGACCUUUCAAAUAAUUAUUUUACUGGUCCUCUACCUAUUCAAUAUAUAAAAAAUUUCAAAGUUAUGAUAAAUAUCGGAAAAGAUGAAGAUGGAGUGUCAUACUUGGGGCUGCUGGAUUUUUCUGGUCACUUCUAUAGCUAUUCCAUUGGAAUUGCGAUUAAAGGUCGAGAGAUUGAAUUGGAGGAAAUAUUUGUCAUGUUCACAAGCAUUGACCUCUCAAAAAAUGAGUUUCAAGGUGAGAUUCCAAAGGUUAUUGGAGAGCUUAACUCACUCAAAGGGCUUAACCUUUCUCAUAAUAACCUUAGUGGUUAUAUCCCAACGUCAAUGGGGAAUUUGAUUAAUCUUGAAUGGUUGGACCUCUCUUCAAACAAGCUGGUUGGAAAGAUUCCAGAGCAAUUGCUGGAUCUGACAUCUCUUUCCUUCUUAAACCUCUCCAUGAAUGAACUAGUUGGGCCAAUUCCUCGAGGCAAGCAAUUCAACACGUUUGAAAACAGCUCUUAUGAAGGGAAUGAUGGAUUAUGUGGUUUUCCACUCACAAGAAGUUGCAGCAACAACAAGUCGCCUCAACCACUAGCACCUUCAAACUUACUGGAAAAAGAUGAUGGCUCAGAAUCUAACAUUGCUUUUGGGUGGAAAGUAGUGUUGAUAGGUUAUGGAUGUGGACUAUUGUUUGGAUUAGCUGUGGGAUACGUUGUUUUUCGAACUGGUAUGCCAGAAUGGAUUGUAACUUUGGUUGAAGACCUGUAUCCUAAGAGGCGAAGAAAGUCAAAGAUUGGCAACCGCAGUGGUGGAAGAAGAAGAAUCUAG